AUGUCGACCGAUACCCCGAUAAUCGCGUCUGCCAUCGUCAUCCCUCCGAACGCGACACAACCCUCACCACCUCCUUCCUCCCGCCUCAAACGCCGUGAAUCAUCCGAUGAUACCCCUACGGACUUCGUAAACCCAAAGCGUACCCGUCUAGCUCCAGGUUCUGGUCAAGAUGAGAAAUCCCGCAGUCAACGCCUGUUCGGCUCCUUCCUCGGCAACCUCGGUCGAGUGUCGCAGGAUUCUCGAACUAGAAAGCGACAAGAAGUCGAUGCGAAGAUGCAGGAGAAGAUGAGAGUGCAGGAGGAAGAAGAUAAGGCUGAUUUAAAGAGGAAUAGGGAGUUAAAAGAGGAGGAGAAGAAAGUAUUUGCUAACCAUGCUGCUCAAAUCCGGCGAAGGAAUGAAAGCCACAUGGCGAACUUUUUGGCUACAAAAUCAAAGUCUAAGAUUUAUUACCGUCCCUGGAAACUUCUCCGGUCGCAGGAACUUGUAAUCGAAAAACAAAAAGAAAUGGCAGCAAGAAACAGACCCUCGCCGACCCCACCCAACUCCGGGCACUUGAUGGACGUAUCUACAGCCCAGCCCGUAUCACCCACCACCAUUCGCGACCAAAAACGAGAGAAAUCAGACGAGGAGUUAAAUAAAGAAGAUGUAACAAUGCAGGAAGACAUUCCAGCAGUUCCCAGCAAUCAAUAUCAGAGUUCACGAAGACAUUCAAAGGAUCUGGGGGCUCCAAACAAAGAACCGUCACCUGUUCCAAGUGUACGGCCGGGGGGCGAGGAGGAGGAGGAGAUGGUAGAGUAUUAA